AUGAAAUCGUCAAAAGAACCUCACCUGCCCCUAACCAACCUCACUAGCCCCUCGCUAAACUCACCAGCCCCUUACCAACCGCACCUGCCCCUCACCAACCUCACCUGCCCCUCACCGACCUCACCUGCUCCUCACCAACCUCACCUGCCCCUCACCAACCUCACCUGUCCAUCGAGACAACCAUCAGCACAGCAACUAUUUCUACAUUCUCCAACUAACUACCCAAAUGUUCAAACUGCCCGAGAGAGACUUCCACGGAGAUUUUCUGUCGAUGCUGGUCCGUCGUCGUCGCUCUUUCCUCCAGGCAUGGGACGAGGGCACAUCCCGGAGACAUGCCACGAAGACUGCCAGGAACAAGUUUUAAACCGGAAGUUUGAGAAUGACUGUAGUAGAGAAGAGUAG